UUCAUAUUAUAUCAUAUUUCAUUUCAUUCGCAUAUAAAUUAUAUUAUUUAAAAUUUAAUACAACUAGGCAUAACGAUAACACUUAAAUAUGUUAGUAAAAUAUACAUAUAUGUUAUUCUAUGUUCACUUUUUUACCAUAUAUUUUAUAUUAUUUACUAUAUUUCUUAAUAAAUCCAAGGCAAAGCAGCUUUCUAUAUUGAUACAGACAACCACUAUGUAUUUCUACCCAAAAUUAUUACUAUUUUAUUUAAUAUUUCAUUAUUUCCCUCUGAAUUGUAGAAAAACAACUACUUUCCCCGCCUUUGCCGCUGCGUGACAAACGGUACCGCGACGUGACGAAAUACAGCGACCCAAUGUUGGCCAACCAAAACUAACACUUAGUUUAAAAACAGAUAAAUCGAUCGCCCGAAAGAUAACACGUUAAAAUAUAUUUUCUUCGGUCGAUAUGAAUGUAUUGUAAGUCAGCUAAGUACAGAUUCAUUCCUCUUCUUUGUUGAGUCAAGCAAACGCCGAUAUUUGGAUUAAAUUCCAAUUUAUUAAGCAAAGACAAACUCCGUGUUAGUUCACACUCGAGAACAGGAAAGUAACUACUAGAAGGUAGCUAGGUAGGCUAAUGUUUAGCUUUAAUCAGAGGAGGAACGCACUUUCCCACAACAGUUCAGAUGGCUGUACGCUGGCUAUGCAGCCUGUUUGGGAAGCCCUUUGAUGGUGGGAAAAGGAUGGACCAUGGUGGUCCACAGCAGCAGCAACAUCCAAUGGAGCAGCAGCAGCAGCCAUACAACCCGCAGCACCCUGCCAUGAUGCGGCUGUACGAGGUCCAGAAGGAGGUGGCGUCUCUGGGACCUCAGGUGUGCACCUUCAGCGGCCUGCAGAACGACCGUGACUACAAGCGUCUGGAGCGCGAGCUGACCCGGCUGCUGCUGGAGGUGGACCAAGUGGACACGGAGGGCAAGCCGGAGCUGCAGGGGGCACGAAAGAGGGCGGCGCAGGAAGUGGAGGGCCUCCUGCGGUACCUGGAGGAGAAUGCCACCCAUCCGUCCCGCCAGGCCAUCGAGGAGCUGAGCAACGAGGCGCGGCAGCUGGUGGACGAGCGCGUGGUGGCGCCUCAACGCGCCGGCGGCGUGGCAGAGAUAAACGACGAGCUGGUGGACGCCCUGCAGGAACUCGUGCUGAGGCUCACCCAAGUCAAGACCGAGGGGAGGGUGCCGCUCCGCAAGGCGCGUUACCGGGCGCUGACACGCCUCUGCGCGGUGCAGGACGUGCUCGAGGGGCGCACGCAGCAGCAGACCCUCUCCCUGCCGCUGUCCGGGGACACCCACGAGGCCGUGCACUGCAUCAACCAGGUGAUGGUGAAGGUGAGCGUGGCCCGCAGUCAGCUGGUGGCCCUGCUGAUGGGCCUGAGCGGGAGGGACAGCUGCGCCCACCUGUCACGCAUCCUGACGGAGAUGCAGGUAGAGCUGGACGCUCUGGAUGUUUCUGGGAAUGCGGCAAUCCGAAAUUACAGGAAACAGGUUGUGGAGGAGAUAAACGGGCUCCUGAAACAUCUGGACCUGGAGGGGGAGGGAGACGACACUCGCAGGUAUGACUUGGCGCAGAAUAACUCCAUACGUGAGAUUGAGGCCGUGCGAGCUCACGUCUCCCACCUGCGGGAGGGCGUCCUGCGACACUGCGCCAUGGGCGACCUCAGCUUCAGACCCAAAGCCGAGCUGCAGAGCCUCCUGACACACCUGGACCAGGUGGACACGGCCAAGAACCCGUGCAUCAGAGAGGCCCGCCGCCGUGCUGUGGUGGAGGUCCAAGCCAUCAUCACCUUCCUGGACCUCCGCGAGGCCCUAGCCCGCCGCCAGCCGGGCCCCAACGAGCACCCAUCGCACCGGGCGGUGUGGCUGGUCCUGGGGAGCCUCUCGGACCUCCAGGCCCAGGUGCUGGGCUUUGACGGUAAGCGGGUCGACAAGAGCUACAUGAUCCUGGAGGAGCUGCUGACGAAGCAGCUGCUGGCGCUGGACGCCGUGGACCCGCAGGGCGACGAGACUACCAAGGUGGCCCGGAAGCAAGCGGUGAAGUUCGCCCAGAACAUUCUCAACUACCUGGACAUGAAGACGGACGAGUGGGAGUAUUGAUCCAGAUUUAACAAAAGCAUGGAUAAGUUGGGGAGACGUGGGUUUGGGACGUCGCUGCAGGAAAGAAAGGAUCUGAUAAUGUGUGUAAAUUAAAAAAAAACUGGUACGUUAUCAUUCCACGGGCUGUAAAUAUUGACUCAAAUCCCCAGAAUGCACUGCAGCAGCGCUUUUCUUUCGUCUCUUUGUGGUAGUCGUGGCUGACCCUGCAGAGAAGUCAAACACAGAACUCCUUUUGUGAAACACACUUUAAAAAAGUUCUUUUUUGUGCUUUUUGAAGAUUUUCUUUUUAAAAAUCUCUGAUAUACAUGUGUGUGAGUGUGUGUGUGUGUGUGUGUGUGAGUUGUCAUCGUCGUCAUAGUGUUUCGAUGUGAGUGUUUGUUGAAGCCUGCUGCUGCCAAAGCACUAAAUAAUGCCUGUUAACAGUGGUCGUAUCCUCCAGACUGUACUUGAUAUCGAUAAAUCACUCGAGGGAGACGGAUUGCUUCACAGUGGCUUCCCCCUUCUAAAAAAGUCUGGCCUGAUUAAUUUGAGAUGGAGACCGCCAACGCACGUUUAAAAUACACUGACCUGAUUAGGAAGAGUCGUCCACUGCCGCCGUGAGAGCAGAGGUCUGUACUACGAAACAGGAUUUGAGGUUAGCGUUAGGGGUAACGUCCGGUCUAACUCUGGGCUUUACGACGGCGGUUCACUUCGUAGCGGCGUAAAUCACCAUGGUAACUGGAACGACUAACCUGCUCCUGGGCGGGUUUACGUCAGAGGAUCGAAUCAAAACCUGGCAACAGACCAACUACUGACCAAUCAGAUCACUGGAAGACUAGCGUCAUCAUUCCUACAGGAUCCCGAUGUGGACAAAAGAGUUUUUUCCAUACGUCCACAGCAGAGCUUUUAACAAACAGAGAGUUUAACUAAAAAAACAUAUACUUACUGUUAUAUCUUCAUUUUGAUCAAACAAAGCUGCUUUUAUCCACAAUAAUGAAUUAACAUUUCAUUCAUACAUUAACUCUCUCCUCUCUGCUUUGAAACAUUACUGUAACUUUUUAUCUGCAUCACAUAUUCAGAAUAACUCGGAAUAAAGAGCAAAAAUGCUCACUCCAUAAGAAACAAUCAUUUUUGCACUUAUUUACAAUAAAUCCUCAGCCUGACUUGAAUUUUCUCUAUUUCACCUUGUUAAAUAUUAUUUUUGAACAUCGCUAGAACCAAAUUAACCUGCAGGUAUCAGCGUUUCUACUCAUAUCAUAUUAGGUACGCUCGGGAAAUCCUGAGUUCGACCUAACGAGCUGAUAACCACCGUUUUGUGAAUUCAGAUAAUGAAAAGAUAUCCUGGCUUCGUAUUACAGGCCUCUGUAGCUCAGAUUGUUGGUGCCAAGUCGAUUUUUGGUCACAAAAGUGUUUAAAAAGUCAAAUUCCUGGAGCAUUUUUCUUGUUAUUCUGCUGCAGUUUGUGCUGAAAUCAAAUUUGGUCUGAUUCUGUUUGGCAAAGCAGAUGGUGUGAACAAAUGUUAAAUGGAAAAUUAAUUGAAUCUGCAAUGAAACGUGGGUUUUUUUUAAAUACAAUUGAGAAAGAUUUUUUUUUGGGGGGGGGGCAUUAGAAGCAGAGCUGAACAUCAGCUGGUACCGAAGCCAGGCAAUCUGUGUUUAAACAGAGAUGUAAUUAGGGAGAGGGAACAGUGGGAGUUUGCAUUGGUAACGUAAGGUCACUCUCCACUCCUGCGUGACCCUGUUUAUCCCCUCAGCAUUUGGUCCGUGUCUCUGGUAGCGCUCCAAUCCCCGGGACUGUGGCAAACUUCCCUGCCCAAAACCACCACAGCUGUCACAGGCAAACGGUCAAAGCGACAAAUAAAUAAAGUCGAGCAUCGAUAAAAUGUCAGGAGGAAGCUAAAAAUCUGUGUCGAGACGUUAUCUUGCGAGGCAGCCUGCCAGCUGUGAGCAGGAUGUUUGAAAAGAUAAAAGUACCUUUCUCCACUCGCUGCUUGUGUAGCCGUUAGUCUGUAAUGCGUUUCAAAUGUUUGUUGUGACUUUGUAUGAUCGCUAGUCUAUAAAUGGAUCAGGUUUGAAUUCAGAGAAGGAGGAGAGGAGGCGAACUUUUUUUAGCUGCUGCUUCUGCUUUAGGUUUUUUGUUUUGUGUUUUUUUUUUUUGUUUGUUUGUUUCUACCCACUGCUUUCUACUGACGGAGGACUGUGAGAGGUCCCUGGGGUGGGAGAGGAAGAGGAAGAGGAAAGCAGGAGUUUGAGGCGGCAAUAUCCACUGGACUGACACAUCAAGGCUGAAGCUCACAGGCCCGACAGUCGGGUCCUGUGUGGUAGAGAGUAUUGACGGUGAUCGCAGUCGACAGAGCCUUCUAGAAACUUCUCCAAGCUGCUGCUGCUGGAGACGGUGAGGGAGGGAGGAAAGGACUAGAAGAGAAGUCCUAAUCUCUGUGCCUUUAUUUUCACCUUUCCCUUUGAGCCAGUUUGUGUAAAAGCAGGCAGCAAAAAGAAAGCAGCUGCUUGUGUUUUUUUAUCACUGCACAAGAAUGAGGAAACUAAAAGCACUGAAUGUGUUUAUGGAGAGCACCUUGGCCAUUAUCGCCACAAGAAAUUUGCACUACUUGUUAGAAAUUGAGGCUUUUUCUUUUGUGUUUUGUUUUUUUUUUUUUUUUUUUUUUUGUCAAAUCAGUAUUUAUUCCCUGAUAAAAGGUGGCGGUGUUAUGGUCAAUGAUUUGUGGUAACACAGGCUGACAUGGCUUCUUGCAGCAGGCAAUAAAAUGAGUCACAGUGUUGCUUUCACGCUGCAAACAGCCCUCGCUGAUGGAGCUGCUCUUUCUCCUUUGAAAGCAAUUAGGCAACAGUAACGGAAAAUCAGCUCACAAAACAGAAGAAUUAACUGAUUGAAUUACUUCACAGCUUCCCACCGACCCCCCAAAAGCAACUUCCUGAGGAGACAGUUUUUCAGUCUUUAUGGUCCGAAUAUUAUUUUGGAUUUCAGAGCUCAUUCUUGAGCCAGUUGACAAAGCAGUCGCCUUUAGUAGCUGUUCUGGAGCUUUCAGUCAUGUCAUGGUCUUUAGUUUUUGUCGUGGAAAUGUAGGCGUUCAAACCAAAGUUUCUGAACACUUUAAAUCAGUAUUUUUAUCUUAACAAUGGAUUCAAUAACGUGUACUCAGAGUUAUCACCUGACUCUAACAGAGGUUUUUAGCAUCUUUCAGCUCACGGUUUUGGUUUCCUGGUGACAGCUAACCAGAAUUAUUUCCUCUAACCACCAGCAGGCAGCUGUUUUCAGCCAUAAACCAACAGUACACAACCUGCCCAGCACCAGACACACACAGUUACAGACCAGCUGGUGAAUAUAGUGCAGUUUUUAGCAGCUAAAAGGAGUUGGUGGAGACCAAAAACGGAGCUAAAAGAGAGGGAAUAUUGGAUGUCUAUUCAUCAUGUAAUCUGAAGUUCUCAACAUUUCAGUUAAAGGUGGGAAAAGUGUGGAUUCAUCUUAUUCUGAGGGUGUUAAAAAGUCUUAAGAAGCACUUAAUGAGAAAAUAUUAAAAAGUCUUAAAUUCCAUAUACAAAAGUCUUAAAUAUUUACUCCUCCCUGUUGUAGGCAGGAAUCUUUGCCUAGAAAUGUUUUUGUACCUGAUUGCAUCUGUUUAAAAGAACUACUGCGCCCCUAUUUAAUCAUUUAUAACUAGUCAAUCCAUCAGUUUUAUUAUUCAGUACCUGCAAUUUGAAUAAUCAAAUGGAGCAAUUGUUAUAUUAUGUCCUGCUUGGAAGUACUGAAGAAAAAGUUAUAUAAUAAUAAAUAACUCCAAGGCUAUAUUUUCUAAGCUCUUUUUCAUUAUAAUUUAAUGCUUUGGCUGUUUAAAAAUGUAUUAAAUUGCAUUGUAAAUGGUAUUUAAAAGUCAUAAAUUGGAUUUAGUAAACCCUGUAGAAACCUUCAUGAUGAAUACCAAUUCAACUGAGAAUGAAAGUUUUUCCAAUUGGGAGCUGAAUUUUUCAAGAAUGAAUUUUCAUUUUCUAUUUGAAACCAUCAUGAACAGGAAGUUCUCAAAGUGCUCUGAAAAAUGGAACAUUUGCAACCUACUGAUGAGGAUCAUGUGAUAUGAUAGAAAUGUCCAGAGAAGCUACUUAAUGGACUGAGGUGAGACUGUCCUGCCAACAAGUUAAAGAUCUGUUUGGCUCCAGUUGGUUUCUCAUGAGUCAGCGGGGAUUCCUAUGGAAACCUAUGGAUCUCAUCUGAUCCGUGGUUUGACAUCUAACGAUCACAAAAAGUAAAAGCUGAGUUUCUAAUGUUUCCUGGCUGAUGAGAUGUUGUUCUGCAGCAGAGUUUGCUCUGGUUGCUCGCAGUGUGAAUGCACACCGAAAGGGUCCAAUGACGGAUUUGAGUUUCUGGGCAACAAGUUACUCAGAUUGUGAUUAAAGCAACAAAGCUGAAGCAAAUCGUCAGGGUCUUUUGUUGCUCUUCCCAGCUGCCUAAAAAAAAAAAAGAAUAAUAAAAAAAAGUUGCCCUGCGUUUCACAGCUUUUUGAAAACACAACAACAUGUUCGGUGAACUCCCACAGACCCUUUUUAUCCACAUAAAGCUGCUACUGAGGCAUUUUUUGGCACAAAGCCUGCAGCUCGGCCUCCUGGGUACAGAGCUGACUCAUACGGGAGAAAAUUAGAUUAAACAGUGUUCAUCAAACAUCGUCAGCCAGCCUGCCUGGCUGUUACUGCAACAGAUGCUUUCUCACAGCGAACCUUAUGCUCUCUUAGACCAAACCAACCCGGACACACCUUAAGAUCACAUGUUCCUUUUUGUAUGCAGUAAUAAACAUAUCUAAAUUUCUAAAAAUGUACAUUUAGUCCUCGCAGUUCGCUAUAUUUCUGAGCAUUGCUUCUUUUUUAAACAUUCGGUUUGAAUAAUUUAUCAAAAGUUUUACACUGUUAAGAAAUGUUACUUAGAUCUUUUUCUGUCUCAUCAGCUCAAAGCCUCUGUGUUGUUUUUUUUUUUUUUUUUUUUUUUUUAAUUCAGUAUUUGUGGCGCCUCCAUGAGUGGGCGUUCUGGCAACCAUACAAAUUUAUACUCUGUGGUUCAUAAGUACAAACAACAAAAGGGAGGAUGACACUGGGGUAAAGCUCCAUUUUCUCAACAUUUUGCAGAAGUCUGGGUUUUUGAGGGAACAUGUAACGCAUUAAAAAAUUGUUCCCUGUUCUGGUGUUCUGUUCCCAAACAUCAUGGCUGCUCCUCUAAAACUGCGCUGUUUGUCUUUGGGCUCUGGUCCUGUUAGAUUUAGGCUACACAAAACAAUUUUACUUCUGAAUUGUAAGCGGUUUGCCGUUUGUGAAAAAAGUGUCGUAGUUUCCCAAAGACCAAGAUGAUGUCUUGACAUAUCUGACUAUCAUAGAAGACUAAGGAAACCACAAAAUAUUCACAUCUGAGAAGCUAAAAAUUGGAAAUUUUGUCAUAUUUUCUUUUUUUUUUUUAGCUCUCAGAACAAUGAAUCGUUUAUGAAAAAAGUUCCUGAUUAUUCUUUUGUCGAUUAACUAGCUCUAGUAAAAUAAAUUUUGCUGCAUUUGUCCAUUUUUGUAGCGAUGCAAUAUGCCCUGAUAUUUUUAUGUGUUGACCAUGCAUGAGUGUGAAUGUACGUAGGCCAGGUGUAAGAAAAGUUCAGUGCGUCUGGUUCUAGAUAUUCUGUUUGUUAUUGUCAACAAAUCCCGUGAAAAGACCAAAACCAACAAUGUCUAAGUCCGUCUUCCAAGACUUUCUGACCUCCCACCUGAACAUAUUUAAUUUAGACAUAACACUAAAAACAAAACAGCUGAACACUUCUUAAUCAAACAGGAGGAAACAGCUCAGUUGUCAGGGACUAUUUCCUGCGGCGGAUUAAAUCACAUUUGCUGCUUUAGUGAGUAUUUCUGGCAGCAGGACGGUGUACGUGGGAUUGAGUCAAAAUAAAACUACACCGUGCAACAGUGUGGCUCAUUGAUGUGUUUUUAGACAACAAUGGAGCUUUAUGGCACAAAGGAAUAAGAUAUAUCAGGCUCAUUAGUAGGAUGCAUUCAUUGUUGGGUUCCUUUUGUUUUUUGUGGGAUAUUCUGACAAUGAGAUAAAUAUAGAAGAUCACCAGACUUUUGCUUUAAAAACUGAGAUAAUUUAAAACAGUUUAACCCAGCUAGUAUCAGUAGAAAACUCCAAGUCCACUUUUACCAGUUUUUAAAAGGACAAAGAUGUUGCUAUGUUUUCUGAGAACAAAGUUACUAGAUCAAUAAGUAAUUAAAUUGAUAAAUAAUUUAGAUAUGUAAAGUCUUCUUACAACACAGUUUCACUGAAUGAAUGAGGAUUGGAAUUGAAAACUUGCAAUAAAAGGCCUAUAAAGUCACAGAGCAAUAUUUUAAGAACUGAAAAAGUUUAUAUUCAGUUGUUAUAGGAUGUAGAAAUGGGCGUUUUCUAUGAUUAGGGACCAAAAAAUGAUCAGAAAAUACAUUAAUAUAUAUUUUAGUAUUCUUGCUCCUGCAUUCACAGUCCUCUCCACAGACGCUCUGUAUUCCCCCAACAUGAAGCCGCGCUAAAAGCAGCUCAGGGUCGACUGCAGUUUCUGAACUUGGUGGCACUGGAGUCCAUUAGUCAGGAGUUUAAAAGAUUCAGAUCCAGUGGGUAUUUACAGUCGACUGUCUUGACUUCUAUCAGCCCUUUACAGGAGGGUGCAUCUAUAGUGAAUUACUAAUGGGGUUGAGUAACUUGCAGAUUCAGAGGUUUAAAGAUUAGAUUUUCCUGCCCUAGGUUGAAUGUAGUCAUUGAGGAAUGUCUUUGUCUUUGUAUUUCAUUGAACCAAAGUUUAUUUCAAUAAGGUGAGAUCAGUUGGAAAUCAGUAAUAUUUAUCAAGAACUGAGACGGCAGCAGAGGUCAGAGGUCAAAUCUCAAAAACUGGUCGACAGAAUCAGUAUUUACAGUAAAAAAACAGCUAAAAAACUUUAUUUUUGUUUACAGCACCCAUCUGACCACACCUGGCAGUGAUGCUGGGUGUGGUGUGGUUAGCUUAGCUUAGCAUAAAGACUAGAACCAGAACACUAGCUCUGUCCAAAGGUAACAAAAUCCACCAACCGGCUCCUCUAAAGCUCACUAAGACAUGACAUGUUAAAUAAUGCCAACCACAUUAAGAGGUGUAACGAAGGUGGUAUCAGUCUUCUAAUUCUUAGCAAGCAUGCUAACAAGUGUAUUUCUCAAAAUGUCAAACUACUCCUUUAAGUUUUAGUUUAAUUAUACGUUCUAACUGACUCGUAUGGUGCAACCCAAGUUACAGCAACUUUUCCACAAUGUUAAAAAACUAAGCUACGUUUAUAUAUGACACGAUAAAGAAAUUGAAAACUUACAAUAGCAGAAACUGACCAAAAGAGAAAAGAUCUUCCUUAUUGAGCUUUUGCAAAAAGUUCUUUUAUUUAAUCACACUUUUUUAUGUUCAUUAGUCACUGUUGGUUGUUACUGCUCUGCCUUUCUUUCUGCAAGUGACAGGACUUUGCUCUGUGACAGAAAAGGUAUUGCAUUUCUUUUUCUUUUUUUUUUUCCUCUCCAAAUAUACAUUUUCUUAAGUCGCCUUUAAUUGCAUUGAUUGUGACAGGCUUUUGCUGUUUCUCCUCCAAGACGCGCUUGUACAAAAAGCACACUGAGACUGGAAAAAAAACAAAACAACAAGUUGUGUGAAUGCUCUAUGGAUGGUUGUGAUUUGAAUUUGUAUUCCCACUGCAAAAUAAAGACAGCGUCUCUUGA